AUGACCGCUACGUCCAUGCAGAUGCACAAGGUGCCUGCUUCUGGAAGAGAUUCAGGGCAUCUUGCCCCACCGAGGGAUAAUCUAACUCGAAAACGGUCCAAUUCUCAGUCCCAGGUGAUUUCUACUCCAGUACCUGUUCAAGCACGAAGUCACACAAAGACUGUUUCUAAUGGUAAGCUUGCGGCUCCAAAGAAGAGCAAGGCUUCAAAUGCGGUCCAGGAGCGCCAUCAGGCCGAGUUCUACGUCACCUUGGUGCCUUUAAACGACACGUUUGUCCGAAAACAUAUCCAUGUUCCUUACUUCCCAGAUCUGUGCAAGUUAGGGCGUCCUACAGGGCUGAAGGUGAAACCGUCAGUGUCGAAUGGCUACUUUGACCUGCGUGUGCUCUCGAGAAACCACGCUUGUCUUUUCGUCGAGCCCAAACUGGGUCAACUCAUGAUUCAGGAUAUGGGCUCCUCCAAUGGUACAUACGUCAAUCAGGAGAAGAUCGGCACCGAGCCCGUGCCUAUUAAUAUUGGCGACCGUGUCAACUUGGGCUUCAAUAUUCAGGUGGAAACAAGCCACAAACAGAUCAGUGCUGUCGUCGAAGACAUCAACAUUGUUUCCAAUACACCCUCGGUCCCUGCACUCGAGGGAAUGCCCAAACUCACGCCUGACGCUAUUUCCAAACUCACGGGCUCCGAGAAGCGCCACCUUGAUUUCAUCCAGGACGUCUACGAACAGAUUCAGGGGAAGAAGAAAGAGCCGGAAGAAGAUGACGAACUUUCGGAGUUCAGAACUACAAAAGCAUUCGAGCAGGGCAUGUUCUCCGACGUUACUCCGUGCAUCGACGACGUUUUUACUGCAUCCACUGCCGAUCCGGUUAGCAGUGGCAUCUUUGUGAACUCACGCCUCACAAAGCCUAAUGACUUGGAGACAACGCUAGACACACUAAUUGCCAACUUGGCAAAGGUCAAACAGCAAACUAAUUCCCUCCGCUCUCUCGAAUCGUUUUUGGGCAACUACCGCAAGAAACUCCAUGAAUUGAACGAGGCUUUCUUGAAUGAGGAGAACAAAAAGAGAGAAGCCUGUUUUGAUCAGGCGCUAGAGCAGCAACUGACCAAGUACGAGGCACAGAUUGAUGAUCACAAGAAAGACUUGGACGAAAAGAGCAAAGUCAUGAGCUUCCUUCUGGGCGAGGUCGAGAGAUUGCAGUAUGAGAAGGCAGACUUACGCAAAGAGCUUGAGGAUAAGAAAAACAUUUUGGAGGCUAAGCAUGGGAAUGGCUUGGCCCCGCUUGAUAACCAAGAUAGCCUAUCACGCCGCAUCUCCAUUGAUAUCUCCUCAUUUGACUUUGGCACAGGCAAACUCAUCAAGAACUUGUCCUCGGGGUCCGAGGAGGUUGAUGAAAUCUCCAACAGCUCUGAUAUCGGCAGCGAAGAUUUGGCGCCAAAGGCCAAGUUACAGGCCAAAUUAGAGUCUCCUGAAGGUGCAGUCGUCAAGAACCCACAAAUGGGUGAGCUUUUUGAACAAGCCAAUCAGUUCCGGACUAAAGGAGUUGCUGUUGGACUUGUGGUGAUUUUGGCUGGAUUCGUAUAUCAGUCGUGUGAGCGCUAA